AUGGCGCAAUCGACCUCGCCUUUGCCUCCUUCAACUCACAUCCGCCCCGAGACGGAGGGCCGCGAGUCACUCGUGCAGUACAUCCUCUCGCCCUCCUUGUUGCAUUCGAGCAAUGCUCUGCCAAGUAAUCGCGGCAGAUCGUUUCUGGUUCAUUCGCUGGCCUAUCACUUGGAUCUGCUAGAUCUGCCCAGCGUUGCAGAGCUGAGUCGCGAAAGAUCCGUCUCGUCUGCGGAUGAUGUGGGUGGGGAGGGAGUUGGGGCGCAGGACGAGGAUGAGGAGACCAACCUCGCAAGAUGUCUCGCUGGCGAUCUCCAGGCUGCCGCUUAUAUGGACGACGCAUCAUCCAGCAACUUUGAUCGUACACGAGCCAGGGUGCUGAUCCCACCGAGGGGCAAAAGGCGCGAUUUGGAAAUAUACCACACCAACGAAUACGUGGAUGCGCUGCUGAACGGCGAGCCCGCUUCUCAUCCUCGUCUUGGCAGACAUAGCUCAGCGAGAGGUGUCAACAAGAGACGCAAGCUGAAUGGGCGUGAAGCGGCAGACUCUGUAGACGAUCUGUGCAUCGCGGCGGCAGACACGUUUGGUCUGAUUGAUGUGGGUAGCAGCGUCGCACAUGGGCAUACAUGCUACGAGGACUGACCAGCUCUCUCCCGCAGGACUCUCCACCCUUUCCCGAGCUGGCCGAGUACGCUCUUGCACUAAGCAGCGCCUCUACAACUGCAGGUUACUUCCUUCGAGACUGGCUCGCAAAGCACGGCUCGAGCUCCGAUGGGGGCGGGUCUGGCAAGCGCGAUGCGCCAAUCAUCAUCAAUUGGGAAGGUGGGAGACACCAUGCGAGGAAAGAUAGAGCGAGCGGGUUCUGUUAUGUGGCGGAUGCUGUUUCGGCUAUCCUGGCUAUGCGGAAACGAGUGGUGGACAUCAAGGGCGCCAAGCUGGCGACGAGGGAGGAUGCCGCCGGUGCGAGCGCUUCAAGGGUCUCGCCGACGCCAACACCCACGUUGGGCUUCGGAGCGCGCCCCGAAGAGAUCAAGAGAGCGUUUGCGCAAGAAAAGAACAGCACGACGCCCAUGAAGCCCUCGAAGCCCAGCGUCACCGACGUCAACACUCGGCGCGCUCAUUCUUCCAGCAGAAAAAUUGACGCCACUGGGCCGCCUACACACGCUGAUCGUAUUCUCUAUCUAGACCUGGAUCUGCACUGGGGUGAUGGCGUGGAAGAAGCAUUCUGGAAUACUGCAGGCGUGCUCACUCUGAGCGUGCACCACUGGGCGCCCGGCUUCUUCCCUUGCGGUGCAACAGGUGCUUCACGUGCGACGAGCGUCUCGCUGGAUGGCAAGAGACACGCAAAGAGCGGCAUCGAAGGAGGUGCUCCGGGUGCUCUGAGAGCGAGUACGGGACCGCGUCAGGCUCCUGUCCAUGCCCUCAAUCUGCCGCUCAGGGAAGGUGCCAGCGAUGAUACAUUCAAACGAGUCUGGAAAUGCAUUGAGAGCGUUCGAGAAGCGUAUCAGGUGCGUGUGUCGAUGGAAGAGAGCAGGCGUGAGCAAGGCUGACGUGCCGUUUUGCGACCUCAGCCUCGGGCUGUAGUGGUGCAAGCGGGGGUAGAUGGUCUUUCGACGGAUCCGCACAAGGUCAACAACCUUUCCAGCUCUGCUUAUGCAUGGAUGUUUCGACGCAUCAAGGGGUGGAAACUGCCCAUGCUGGUGCUAGGUGGCGGUGGCUAUUGCCACGAAGACGCAGCAAGGUCGUGGGCGCUCAUCACAGCGACGCUUCUAGGAAGACACGCGGACGGUCUCGACCAAGAGACGCGCGCUGAUUCAGUAGAAGAGGUGGACGAGAUUGUUCAAGGUUUGUUGGGCGACCACACCCCCGUUCCGCUGCAUGAUCGAUGGCCCGCGUAUGCUGACCGAGCCACGCUCGGUGUCCCGGCUGGUGAGUAGCGCGUCAGGGCAGUUCCGCUCGUUUGAGCAAGACGGCUGAUCCAUCUGUCUGGUGCCAUUCCGACGCAGGAGGCGGCAGGGAUGUGAACGAUGAGGAAUACGUGCAGAAAGUGGAGAGCGUGUUCAAGCAUCAUGCGGAACGCUUGCGGCACUUUGAAACGGCGUGA